AUGAUUUUAUUUCAGCAAUUCCUAGUAGUUCUUGCCGUCGCCGUGGCCUGCGCCGCCGCUGACGUUUCCCACAUCCUCACACCCGACAGUCAGGUCUCCAUCGUGAAGUCAGGCUACGAAAUGAACCCCGAGGGAAAUGCAUACAACUUCUAUUAUGAUGCCAGCAACGGCAUUUCCGCUCAGGCUGAAGGUUUUGUGAAGAACGCCAACACUGAGAACGCCGUUCAUGAAGUCAGGGGAUCAUACCGUUACUUGUCACCAGACGGCACCCCCGUUGAGGUAUCAUACACCGCUGGCCCUGAAGGAUUUGUAGCAAGCGGUAGCCACCUCCCAGUCGGACCACCAAUCCCUGAGGCCAUCCAACGCAGUCUCGAAUACAUCAAGUCCCAGCCACAAUACGUAGAGAAGCCCUACAAACCUUUCAAGAAAACUGUUGCGAUUGGUUGGGAUUGGUAUCGAGAAGAGACAAUAACAAUUCCUCUCUCGAUGACAGUUCUGGCUACUGCUCAAUUCCUAGUAGUUCUUGCCGUCGCCGUGGCCUGCGCCGCCGCUGACGUUUCCCACAUCCUCACACCCAACAGUCAGGUCCCCAUCGUGAGGUCAGACUAUGAACUCAACCCCGAGGGAAAUAUUUACAAGUUCGCAUAUCAAACCGGCAACGACAUCUACGCUCAGGCCGAAGGCAUUGUAAGGACCAUCAGCAAUGAUGAAGCCGUUCAUGAGGUCAGGGGAUCAUACAGUUACUUGUCACCAGACGGAACCCCCGUUGAGGUCACAUACACCGCUGGCCCUGAGGGAUUCGUAGCAAGUGGUAGCCACCUCCCAGUCGGACCACCAAUCCCUGAGGCCAUCCAACGCAGUCUCGAAUACAUCAAGUCCCAGCCACAAUACGUAGAGAAGCCCUACAAACCUUUAUAA